AUGGCCGCGGCUGGGGCGACCCAUUUGUUGCCGCGCACCACAUCGGAGUGGGUUGCGCUGCUGAAGAGGGCAAUGCAGCUGCGACCGGAUGAGCUGCACAUUCCUGAACAUUUCUACGUCAGAGACCUCCACACAGGGAGCCGCUAUUCGCACCUGUGGGACCCACUGCAGAAGCAGUGUCGUCGUGAGGGCGCCACUUUGGUCCUCCUCUCGCCACCCUCUGAGUUCACAGGGGGAGGGUUUCAGGAGAUGUGCAUUACACUCACGAAGCGAACGUCAAAUCUUCGCUAUCAUAAAAAUCAGAUCUCAUUUCCCGGCGGCGGGGUGGAGCAUGGCGAGGCGCCUGUAGCCGCCGCCCAGCGGGAAACCAUGGAGGAGGUGGGCAUCGGUGCCUCAUCGUACAGUGUCAUUGGCAACUUGCAUCCGAGUUACUCGCUUGACGGCGGAUACAAAGUGUUUCCCGUAGUUGCAGUUGCCGACACUGCCGUUGAGCCAAUCUGCAAUUGUCCGGAUGAAGUGGCUUCCAUCCACUACCUACACCUCUCUCGUCUUUUGCUGGACUCGGCGCGAACGCACUGCCGCCUUAUCAAAUGGUACUCUAGCAGAAGCCCAAAGCCUGCCCAUUUUCCUUGUUUCUUUGCCGGUAGCUCGCAGUCCGUGGCAAGCGGUGAUGUCUGCCCCUCACAAAAUACACCGUCAAUUCCAGAAGAUGGCGGUUUUUUGCCCAUGCUAGAGGAGGAUUUUCCUGGCGAACUCGUGUGGGGAAUAACAUCGUUCGCCACAUGUGAACUUUUAAUGCGUCUCGCCAAAGCGCUCGCAUUGAGUAAACCCGGUGAAAUCCAGGCGAUGGAUUUACUGAAGUGCAGUUCCGUUGUUGCCCGCUGCCCAGAGGGUUCACGGCGGGGGAAAAACGCGUAG